AUGGAGGCAUUAAACGCAACCUUCAAAUCGGCUUCCAACGUGAACGAAGUCAUACCUAAUGUUCAAGGCACGAACAUUCCGCGCCAUUAUUUUCUCCCCAAUCUCUCUAGCGAUAUGCUUCGGAGACCAGAUUUCGAUGUUAAUACUAUUCCUGGAAUUUCGGAUAAAUACGUCCAAGCGUUUGUUAAAAACCUACACAGAGUGGUCAUGAAUGCGGGUGUUGAUAUAGGCACAGACGAAUCUAAGACUGACUCAUUAGUAAACCAUAUGUUAACUCGCUUUGCUGAAUUUGAUGGUGAGCCAUUUGGUUUAAGAGUCAAAGAAUACUACAGGCUAGUCGUUAGUGAUAAGAGAGUAUCUGCAAAACCUGAAUUUGUCAUAGAUAAGAAAGAAGUUGCUAUGAUAGUCGUGGAGGAUAAACAUUUGAAGAAUGUUAUUGCACCUGAUUUUGGGGAAGCGCAGAUGCUUGCCGAGAUACUCGCCUGUGGAUAUGAAAAUGUACGUCUAUCUAUUACGGAUCAGACCAUAUUGGCUGUUCGUGUCAUCUCCUCGUAUGUUACAUUCUACAAGGCUGAGAUUCCUGUAGCAUAUUGGAGAGAACUUAGGAGGGGCUUACCACAAAAGCAGUCAAUCACAAUUUUAAGAUGGCCGGGGAGGAAUGAUCCAAAUGCUGGUCUAGAUUUGGCAGAACCGAUCGGAAGACGUUCAGUUUUGACGGCAUUAAUCAAAAUUCGGGAUUCACUUUUACAGGGAGAAGGGGAAGUGUCGUAA